AUGUUAAAAUAUAAACAGUAACGAAUAUUGGAAGAUGAUUCAUAACCAUAUAAAUUGAUGGUACUAUCCAAAAUCUAAAUAAAAUAAGAUUUAACAACAUAAAUUGCGUUCAUCUGAAAAAAAGAGACCACUCAGUCGUCCAAGAACAUCAUCUGUAAACAAACCUUAAGUUGACAUUUUACUUGAAAUCUAACUUCAAAGUGAAAUACUAACUAAAGCAAUUAAUUCACUAAGAAAUACCAUUGAGUAGUUUAAGGAAUGA